CUUAGGAACCAAGCAGGCAACGCGCCAGCAAGUAGCACACCCCUUCCAUUAUUUAUAAACCCCCACCAAAUUCCCACUUCUCUCCAUAGGAAAAAACCCAUCUUUUUACUUCGUAGGCCAAGAAUUGAGAAUGGGGAAUUACCUGUGCUGCUGUAUUCAAGUUGACCAAUCCACCGUUGCGAUCAAGGAGCGAUUUGGGAAAUUUGAUGAAGUUCUUGAGCCAGGUUGCCACUGUUUGCCUUGGUUUCUUGGAAGCCAGAUGGCUGGCCAUCUCUCUCUCCGUCUGCAGCAGUUAGAUGUCAAGUGUGAGACCAAGACCAAGGACAAUGUGUUUGUGAAUGUGGUGGCCUCGGUGCAGUACCGCGCCAUUGCUGAAAAGGCCAACGACGCGUUUUACAAGCUCACCAACACGAGGAGUCAGAUUCAGGCCUAUGUCUUUGAUGUGAUCAGAGCCAGUGUUCCGAAACUCAACCUUGAUGAUGCUUUUGAGCAGAAGAACGAAAUUGCUAAGGCUGUCGAAGAUGAACUUGAGAAGGCUAUGUCGGCCUAUGGUUUUGAGAUCGUGCAGACGCUGAUUGUCGAUAUAGAGCCGGAUGUGCAUGUUAAGAGAGCCAUGAAUGAGAUCAAUGCAGCUGCUAGGUUGAGGGUGGCUGCUAACGAGAAAGCGGAAGCUGAAAAGAUUUUGCAGAUCAAGAGAGCCGAAGGUGAAGCAGAGGCCAAGUACCUCUCGGGUCUGGGUAUUGCUCGUCAGCGCCAGGCAAUUGUGGAUGGCUUGAGGGACAGCGUGCUGGGAUUCUCCGUGAACGUGCCUGGGACCACUGCCAAGGAUGUCAUGGACAUGGUUCUCGUCACCCAAUACUUUGACACGAUGAAGGAGAUAGGCGCCACCUCCAAGUCUUCCGCAGUCUUCAUCCCACACGGACCAGGCGCUGUUCGUGAUGUGGCCUCCCAGAUUCGCGACGGCCUUCUUCAGGCUUCCCAGCAUCCGGCUUAACGUCAGCACCUCAUCAAAAGUUCGUCUUGUUAAAUCGUUAUUUCAUCGUCUUUCUCAAUUUGUGGAUACUUCUCUGCAUUCAGCCCUUACUGAUUUAGUGUUUUUAUUCUCUGUUUGAUGAGUUUGGUAAACAUGUGUUUUGUACAGUAAGUUUGCUUAAUGAUAUUAAUUACUAUGUUUCUAUCAUAA